AUGGGUGUUAAUACUCAUUUCAUAGCCACAAUUUGUGUUAUGACAGUAUCGGUGAUAGUUGCCACUCCAACAACCCCCCUCGCCAACGUUGAUGACUCGCAAUCAAGGGAUCUAUCCAAGAGUUUGGAAGACUUUGGAACUCUACUCUACUCGCAAAUAGCAAAACGUAGUGAACAGAAAAACAUUCUAUUUUCACCAUUCUCAAUUGAGACCAAUCUGGCAAUGCUGCGUUUGGGUGCUACAGGACAAACAGCCGCAGAAAUUGACAAUGCUCUACAUUUGAAAUUUAACGAUGGCGAAAAGUUGGCCAACUCUUUCGAAAAGAUACUUUCAAUCUAUCAGAAUAGUGAUUUUCUACAAAUGGCCAAUAAAAUAUAUAUAAAGGAUGACUUAGAACUCCGCGAUGAAUUCAAUAAGUUGCUCGCCGAACAUUUCUUCGCCUCCGCAGAAAAUGUGAAUUUUACCCAAAAUAUCAAAGCAGCUGAGACAAUCAAUUCCUGGGUUGCCGCUAAAACCAAUCAAUUGAUUAAAGAUCUCGUGAGUGCCGAUGAUUUGAGUUCAGAAACACGAUUGCUACUGCUCAAUGCAAUAUAUUUCAAAGGUGAAUGGGAACAUGCAUUCCCCGAAGAAGGCACACGCCCACAAAAAUUCUAUGUGGAUGCCACAAAUAGCGUUGAUGUGGAAAUGAUGCACACUUAUGGAGAUUACCGUUAUGGCAAAAUAGACCAAUUGGAUGCUACCGCUUUAGAAAUGCCUUACAAAAAUUCCGAUCUUUAUAUGCUUGUAAUUUUGCCGAAUUCUCGUGAUGCUUUAGAAGAUCUGAGAAUCAAAUUGCAGUCAUAUUCCCUACAAGAUAUAAGAGAUAACAUGGCUUUGGAAAAAGUUACCGUAAAAAUGCCUAAAUUUAAAACUGAAUACACAAUUGAAUUGAAAGAGACUUUAAAGAGCUUGGGUAUAGAACGCAUGUUCUCCAAGGAUGCGGAAUUGGAAAAAAUGACCAACUCAUCAGAAAGACUUGAAGUGACGAAAGUUUUGCAUAAGGCAUUUAUUGAAGUCAACGAAAACGGCACUAAGGCUGCUGCAUCGACAGGUAUGUAUAACAAAAAUUCAUGUUCUGUUGUGGCUCCCGAAACUCUGCCUUUUCCGCCUGUAUAUAUUUAUCGAUUUGUCGUGGAUCAUGGCUUCAUCUAUAAGAUUGUGAACAGUGAUGGCAUUGAAUUCUUUGAAGGAUCACAAAGUGAAUUUUAA